AAUUGAGUUUGCCUGCAACCUUUGCAAUUUGCAUGAAAGUAUGAAAGGCUCACAGUACUGGCUACGUUCAAAUCUAAUCUGACAUUCGGAAGCUAUCAAGUACCAAAACUCUGAACAGAGAAGCUUUUCAAUCCCAGACUGUUGAAAUUGUUUUUAAGAGGAUUUUUAAAUAGCCUUAAAUAUUUUCCAAUAGAUGGGUUGGCUUCCGGAAGCCGGCAACCCUUUAAAUCGAAUUGUUCCAUUACGCGGUUUCAUGCACAGAGGAGAACAUUAAAUGCGCGGGAUUGGUCAACAAAGAAAAUUGUAACCGCAUGGGGCCGAUUUACAGAAUAGAACAAGCAAGUACUCGCACAAACCAUAAAGCUGUAAAAAUCUGAAAGUUGUUGAAGUAAUCUGAGGAGAUAGAUCAAAACAAAUUGAUCUAUCAUUAAAGAUGAAUGGGGAGGAGAACAAUAUACAUCCAGCUUUUUUUGCAUUUGUGGAAAAGGCACUGGCUUCUGAAUUUGAGGGUGGACCUGUUGAAUUGAUUAAGGUUGCUUCCAGAGCCGACUUUGUUCACCCUCAUACCGGGCAUUAUUUCACAUUCCGUCUUCCAUUUUCUGGAAAAUGUGUUGAUUGGGAAUUACUUUUUGAUCCUGAAAACCCAGCCAGACCUCCUGAUUUUCUUUGUGUGGAAGACAUAAACUGCGAUCCUGAAAUCUACUGCCAAACAGUACAGUUUUGGGAUUCAGGACAGUCUGAUUGUUUAAUUGAACUGUUGCAUCAGUUAAAGCAGAUCUACAAAAUAUAUCAAGUCUCUCAAAUAAUGACUUUUUCAAAGUCAGCUGAAAUCUAUCAAUCAUUGGUGAAUGCUGGUGUAACAGAGGAAAAUAUUGAAGCAUGCUACCUCCCCGAAGAAAGAAAAUUAAAUUUUUUAAUAAAGUUGAAUACCAGCAAUGAGGGGUUACCGAAAGCAAAAGAACUUGGCAGCAGUCUUUUUUAUGCUGGUCUACUGUAUUCUCUGGGUAUGGAUGGUAAAAUUCUAACCCAUUCACUAAUUAUAUCCCCCUAUCUUGGACAUAUUCUUGGCUCCUAUUUGGAGCAGUUGCAUCUAACCUUCUCAGCCAGCCAAACUGUUGAUGUUAACGUUCUGCACGAGUUCAAUGCCACAUUAGAUCGAGUUCUGAAUAAGAUUAGACAGAAGCAUAGAAGGGGCCGUGAAAUUGUCUCUGCCUUACUUGGCCUUUAUCCAAGCAACGUUGUCUUCUACGACGAGGACUUGUAUUCUCAGGUUACUCUACUCUUCAAGUGGGACAAUGCUCGUUAUGUUGCACAUCUUGAAAGUCUGGAACUUGAAGGCGAAACGAAACUUUGUCUGUUUGCCAUUGACUGUCCCGUCAAAACCAGUAAAGACGAGAACGUUCCGUAUACAGAAACAGAGACAGUUACCCUCAUGCAUAAGCCAUCGUCUCCUGGGUUUUCUAAGCAUCUCUACAAAACGCUGAGUUCAAAAAUUAGACUGUUUAUCAACAGAGCCAAAAAACACGUUUCAUCAACUUGAUCUGUUCAGUGUAAACUGAUACAAUCGAUUAUUUAUCAAUGAAUAACCCCGGAGGCUUUUUUUUUUUCUAUUUUUUGUUGUUGGUGCAAUUAGCUUCGUGGAAGAUACGCCUUCGUUGUUUAGGAACGACUGGACACAUCGCCCAUAGACGAAUGCAAAG